UCCACCGAGAGCUUAGGCAUCAGCGGACUGUUGGCCAGAGCGCGCGGUAUACUGAAGAACGUGGACCAGACCCUGAACAUCACGAAAUACAUGACCAAAACGGUGGCCACGAAUAUGGCGAACCGGGCGCACGACUUGCGUUCAUCCAAGUCUGAGAUGACUUUAAACCAAUUCAGCGCAAAGACCAUCGAAGAGGUGUUCCACGAGAGGGACGACGGCGACGAGGACACCACCACCACGUGCUGCACAAACCGGCCGUUAGUUCCGGAACGGGAGGCCAAGCGGUGGUUGUCGCAGAUCCUCCGGUGUUUACAGCAUUUGCACAAAUUGGGGGCCAUUUACGUGGACCUCAAGCCCGAGAACAUACUGCUCGACGAGGACAGCAACGUCUGCGUGUCCUAUAAGUGCUUUUGGAGCGAAUCGCACGUACAUGUGAUCGACGAGUGGGCCCGCGAGCGCCUGUACGUGGCGCCGGAGCUCAUCAAAUCGGGCGCCAAAGUGAGCCAUUUGUGCGACUGGUGGUCGUUCGGCGUCAUCGCCUUCGAGCUGCUCACCGCACGGUCUUUGGUCUCCUAUUACCCAAACGGCAUCACAAGCCAUACGUCACUGUAUUUCCCGGUAUUCAUAUCACUGGAGGCCAAGGAUCUCAUCAAUAAACUAUUACAACCGAAUCCAAGCGAACGUCUCGGUAGACACGGCUCCGAAGAGAUCACAACACAUCCAUUCUUCGAGGGUAUCAAUUGGACCAACAGUUGAUCGGAAAAGCGACAGACAAUUAGCCAUCAAAUCAAACCACUCAUCCAUACAAUCGCUAUACCAUUGAAUACUAGCAGUAUUUUUCUCAUUCCCAUCGCAUUCAUAGAGUUUUCAUAUUUUGUUUCGGCGAUUGAGUUACGAAUUCUCGUUAAGAUUUGUUUCAACAACAAAAAUGUUAUGAAGUUUUUAUGAGUUUAUUAUGCAAUCGAUACGCGUUUUACUCAUUGAAUUAUUUUCUUUACGUUUUCAUUGUUUAAUUUAUUUGGCGUUUCAUUUGUGAUAUACUAUUAUAUAUAUAAUAUACCGUAAAACGAGAGCUGAGUU